CCAUCCUUAUACAUAGAGAUGUUGUGUUUGAAGAGUCAAAAGUAAUUACAGACAAGGAUGGGAGAUUUGUGAUUGUACAGGGGAAGCUGUUCAAUUUACCUGUAGUGUUGGUAAAUGUAUACGCCCCCAACUGGGACAACGUGAAAUUCUUCAGUGACCUCUUUGCAUGUCUCCCAGACCCGAAUAGUCAUCAGCUUAUACUAGGUGGAGAUUUAAACUGUGUAUUACAUCCAGUUUUAGAUCGAUCAAAAUCUCUAUCUGGGACGCUGAGCAGAUCAGCCCGAUGUGUAAAUGAUUUUUUACAAACUUAUGGAAUGGUAGAUGCAUGGAAAUACAAGAACCCAACAUCCAGGCAAUAUUCAGAAUGUUGCCCUUGCUAAAAUCUUGCGAUUACACAGGCAUAGUUAUUUCUGACCACAGCCCUGUCUCCAUGAAACUUAAUUUCACAGAUAAUAUACCAUCAAGACGUGUAUGGAGGCUAAACCCUAGCCUACUGGCAGAUAAAGAGUUUGAGUCUUUUAUGUCAAAGCAAAUAGACUUCUUCCUUGAGAUUAAUCAGACACCAGACAUAAGUAAACACACCCUCUGGGAGGCAAUGAAGGCCUUUUUACGGGGCCAGAUAAUUUCAUAUAACGCUAAUGUGAAUAAAAAAAGAGUGGAAAGGACCAAUCAACUCAUCUCCAGAAUAAAUGCUGUAGAUAGAGAACACUCUCAGAAUCCCCAUACCAACCUCUACAUGGAACGAGUGGCAUUACAAACAGAACUUGAUAUAUUAACUACAGGGUCAGAAGAGGAGCUGUAUCUAAAAUCCAGGCAGAGGGAAUACGAAUAUGGAGAGAGAGCCAGUAAAUUACUCAGCCACCAGUUAAGACAAGCUACUGAAGCUGGAUAUAUAGCAGAGAUAGAAACCCCUCAUGGUAUAACCACGAAUCAAUUGGAUAUUAAUAAUCAAUUUAAGAAAUUUUAUGUGGAUUUAUAUACGUCAGAGUCUUGUGGUGGAGCAGAGACAGAAACUUUUCUUAACAAUCUAGAAUUAUCUCCAAUUAGUGAAAAGGAAAAAAAAAAUCUUGAACAGCCUAUAUCAGCUAGGGAAAUUGAGCUUGCAAUUAUAGGAAUGAAAAGUGGAAAAGCCCCCGGACCUGAUGGGUUUCCCAUUGAUUUUUAUAAAAAAUUUGCACUUAAACUGGUCCCCAUUUUGAGAGAUGUGUUUGCAGAAGUACUUGAAAAGAAGUUAUUACCACCCACCAUGACACAAGCCAUAAUUUCAGUUUUACAUAAAAAAGACAAGGAUCGUUUGAAAUGUGACUCAUAUCGGCCUAUAAGUUUGCUCUCAAAUGACUAUAAGAUCUUAACUAAAGCCCUUGCAUUACGACUUGACUCCGUCAUUCACUCUAUAAUUCAUCCCGACCAGUCAGGGUUUAUCUCCGGGCGACAACUUUCUGGUAAUUUACGUAGACUCUUUAACAUACUCUACUCCCCUAAUGGACCGCCCUUACCAGAGGUGCUAAUCUCCCUCGACGCCCACAAAGCUUUUGAUCGCAUUGAAUAUGAAUAUCUCUUUGCAGUUUUGAAAAAGUUUGGUUUUGGUCCCACUUUCUGCUCUUGGAUCAGGGUCAUAUAUACCUCUCCAAAAGCGUGUAUCCGAACUAACAAGAUUAUAUCAGACUAUUUUCCUCUUUACAGAGGUACUAGACAGGGCUGUCCGUUGUCCCCACUCUUGUUUAAUAUAGCCAUAGAGCCCUUAGCCUUAGCAAUAAGACAAGAGGUAAACUUGAUGGGGAUAAACAGGGGUGGCCACACCCAUAAAGUAUCAUUAUAUGCGGAUGAUCUUAUUCUUUAUAUCUCCGAACCCGAGACAUCAAUCCCUAAAGCCCUGGACAUUAUAUUCAAAUUUGGGAAAAUAUCAGCAACCACCGGCGAUCACGCUGACGAUGAUCUGAAGCGGAGAAAUCCGGGUCACGGCACCAAUGUAGCCGGAACGGAUCCAAACCUGAACCAGGAGGCUGAGCCAGGAGUGGAGGAGGGUCCAGCUGAUUCUGGCUCCCAGGGCUCUGAAUACAGUAAAUACAGCGAGAAGAGCACUCUUGAAAAGGAGCUCUCCAACUUAGAGGGCAAAUACAAGGUCAUGGAGACUCUCCGGGACAGCCAAGAGACGGAGCUCCAAACUCUCAAGAUGAAGCUUGUCGUACAGGAGUCAACUCUGGCCCGCCUGCAGGUGACCCUCAGAGACACCGAGGAAGAGGUCCGCUCUCUCAGGGACACUGUGGUCCAGCAGAAGGAUGAGCUGCAUGCCGGGGAGAUGGAGCGCAGACAGCUCCACAAUUCCAUCCAGGAGCUCAAGGGCAAUAUCAGGGUCUUUUGCAGAGUGCGCCCCCUGGUGGAGGGAGGCCUCAGCAAGCACAUUCAGCUCCUGACCAGCGACAACAAGGCGAUCACACUGGCCAAAACAGAAGAGUCCCACACAGGCAAAACUGCUGAGACUCAGAAGAAUUACAGCUUCAGUUUUGACCGGGUGUUUGGCCCCCAGGCUUUACAACAAGAGGUCUUCGAAGAGAUCUCGCUGCUGGUGCAGUCGGCAUUGGACGGCUACAACGUCUGCUGCUUUGCUUAUGGCCAGACAGGAAGCGGAAAGACGUACACCAUGGAGGGAGACGAGUAUGAUGAGUGCAGAGGUGUAAUUCCCAGAGCCGUGAAGCAAAUCUUCAGAGCAGCAGAGAAACUGGGAGCACAAGGCUGGGAGUUCUCCUUCACAGCGAGCUUUGUAGAAAUUUACAAUGAGACCCUGCGAGACCUCCUGUACACUGGCACGGCCAGCAAGAGGCCCGAGCAUGAGAUCCGCAAGACCACCAAUAACGAGAUGACGAUCACCAACCUCACAUACGAGAAGGUCUGCAACGAGGAUCAGGUUCUCGGCCUGAUCAUGUUGGCGAAUCAGAAUCGCUCUACAGCCCAGACGGCCCAGAAUGACCGCUCCUCUCGCUCCCAUUCAGUGUUCCAGCUGGACAUCGAGGGAGUGAAUGUUGGCAGGGAUGUCAAAUGCAAGUCCACUCUGUGCCUGGUGGACUUGGCCGGCAGUGAGCGCAUGCUGAAGAGUCAGUCUCAGGGUGACCGCUUUAAGGAGAUGACUGCCAUCAACGGCUCCCUCUCCAACCUGGGCAUGGUCAUCUCCGCACUGGCCAACAAGGAGAGCUAUGUUCCCUACAGAAACUCUAAGCUGACCUACCUGCUUCAGGGAUGCUUGGGAGGAAAUAGCAAAACGCUGAUGUUUGUGAACAUCGCCCCAGAGCCAGACAGCUUUGGGGAAACCCUAAACUCUUUGAGGUUUGCCAGCAAGGUCAGUGCAUCUAUGGUUGUGGUUAAUCAUGACAUGAACUGUGUCAUUGGUACUGCAAGCGCCAACAAGAAAUAG